GUGAUCUAUAUUUUAAUUGUAAAUUAGAACUUCAAAUUGAUAAAGAAAAGGGUGAAAAAUAUCUAAUGUUAGCAGCUAAAAAUAGUGAUAAAGAUGCAAUUACUUUAUAUGAAAAGAAUAAAAUAAACUUUAUCAAUAAACAAAAUUAUUUUGAAAAAUUUAAAAUUGCUCGAAAUAUUCAUAAGUCAAGAAAUAUAAAUAAUGGACAAGAAGUAGAAAAAAUAAAUCGCAAACUCUUUGAUAAACUCUAUAAAGAAAAAUAUCAUGAAUUGGAUUAA